AUGUCGAAGUUCACAAAGUUCUUGAAGGGUAUUUUAUUCAAUAGAAGGCAGAAAGCCGACUUUGAGACCUUAGCAUUAACAGAGAAUUGCAGCGCUCUCCUUAUGGCAAAUUCUCCACCAAAGCUUCAAGAUCCAAGAAGUUUCUCCAUACUGUGUAAAAUUGGUUCUGAACUCAUACCGAGAGCUUUCUACAACUUGGGGGCCAGCGUUAGCCUACUUCCGUACUCUUUAUAUUUCAUUAUCUUGGAUAUGGAAGAAGACCCCAAGAUACCGAUCAUCCUUGGAAGACUAUUCCUUGCCACAGCUAGAGCUAUCAUUGAUGUAAAAAGUCACAGGUUAUCCUUGGAGAUCGGCAAAGAAAAGAUCGUGUUUGAUUUAUCUGGUUCCUCCAUCUGCUACCCCACUUCUCAGGGUAAUUCUAGCAAGAUCAACAUACAUAAAGUCGAGGAGUGCAGUUUUCAUGAGAGUUCCCCUCCAGUGAGCAAUAAGAAGUACAUUUGUCCUGCACGAGCGAAACUGAAGGCACGGAUUGGAGCAUUAACCCUAGGAGGAGAGUCGUGCUUCCACGGCUUUAGUCCACAUUGA